GUUGCUUUUACCCCUCAUUAGUUCUCAGGUUCUUCGGAUAUCCUCCCCUGUCAGAUGUGGAGCCAGCAGGUUGCUCCCACCUGGGCGAGUUGCUUCCUUUGCUGAGGAGAAGCUUGUCGAUUUGCUGCUCUCUCCUUUGUCGGUUCUUGGUUUUGUCUCUUGUGCUGUGGGAGACCUUUCGGAAAGACCUUUCCUGGGCCUGAGCCUGGAAGUUCUCCAUGAUCUCUUUUCCCACUUCAGAGUUCCAGGUGUUCAGCAGGAAACAGGACAACAGCAAGUGAAGGGGGUUCCUCUUCCUGAAGGAGGGGUCAUGGCCUUCUUGUUGACUACCCGACGGCUGGUCUGCAGUUCCCAGAAAAACCUCCACCUCUUCACACCUGGAUCCAGAUACAUCAGCCAAGCUGCUGCCAAAGUUGACUUUGAGUUCGAUUAUGAUGGACCACUCAUGAAGACAGAAGUCCCGGGCCCUAGAUCUCAGGAGCUAAUGAAACAGCUGAACACAAUCCAGAAUGCAGAGGCCGUGCACUUUUUCUGCAACUACGAAGAGAGCCGAGGCAACUACCUUGUGGACGUGGAUGGCAACCGCAUGUUGGACCUGUAUUCUCAGAUCUCCUCUGUACCCAUCGGUUACAACCAUCCGGCUCUGGCGAAACUCGUUCAACAGCCUCAAAAUGCGAGCACUUUCAUCAACAGACCUGCCCUGGGCAUCCUGCCUCCAGAGAACUUUGUGGACAAGCUCCGGGAGUCCUUGAUGUCGGUGGCGCCCAAAGGCAUGUGUCAGCUCAUCACGAUGGCCUGCGGGUCCUGCUCCAAUGAGAAUGCAUUCAAGACCAUCUUCAUGUGGUACCGGAGUAAAGAACGAGGUCAGAGAGGUUUCUCCAAAGAGGAGCUGGAGACUUGCAUGGUUAACCAGAGUCCUGGAUGCCCAGACUACAGCAUCCUCUCCUUCAUGGGUGCUUUCCACGGGAGGACCAUGGGUUGCUUAGCGACCACACACUCCAAAGCAAUUCACAAGAUUGACAUCCCUUCCUUUGACUGGCCCAUUGCUCCAUUCCCACGGCUGAAAUAUCCCCUGGAGGAGUUUGUGACGGACAAUCAGCAAGAGGAGGCCCGCUGUCUAGAAGAGGUGGAGGAUCUAAUUGUGAAAUAUCGGAAAAAGAAGAGAACAGUGGCUGGGAUCAUCGUGGAGCCCAUCCAGUCCGAAGGUGGAGACAACCACGCAUCAGAUGACUUCUUCCGGAAGCUGAGAGACAUAGCCAGGAAGCAUGGCUGUGCCUUCUUGGUGGACGAGGUUCAGACUGGAGGAGGCUGUACAGGCAAGUUCUGGGCCCAUGAACACUGGGGCUUGGAUGACCCAGCCGACGUGAUGUCGUUCAGCAAGAAGAUGAUGACUGGGGGCUUCUUCCACAAGGAGGAGUUUCGACCAAGUGCUCCUUACCGGAUCUUCAACACCUGGCUGGGGGACCCAUCCAAGAACUUGCUGCUGGCUGAGGUCAUCAACAUCAUCAAGCGGGAAGACCUGCUCAACAACGUGGCCCAUGCCGGGAAGACCCUACUGACCGGGCUGCUGGACCUCCAGGCCCAGUACCCCCAGUUCGUCAGCCGGGUGAGGGGACGAGGCACCUUCUGUUCCUUCGACACUCCCGACGAAGCCAUACGGAAUAAACUCAUCCUAAUUGCCAGGAACAAAGGUGUGGUACUGGGGGGCUGCGGUGACAAAUCCAUACGUUUCCGUCCCACGCUGGUCUUCAGGGAUCACCAUGCCCACUUGUUCCUCAACAUUUUCAGUGGUAUCUUAGCAGACUUCAAGUAAAGAAGCCAUCUCCACGACAUUCAGAGAAAGCUCUGUCCCAGCGGUGUCAACUUGAUUAGUUUGCCUAAUUCAUAUUUUCACUUCAAAGUUUAUCAGAGGCGAAUGCAUAAACUAAAGGGUCAUUUGUGGGGCAGGCUCAAUGGCGAGUGCGUGUGGAGGAUCGGGUGGGAGGACCAUGCUUUGAGGAACGCCCCUCUCAGAGUUCAUGGUGGCCAUUGGUUAAAGCCCAAAAGUUCUGUGUAAGCCUUGAACACUGUCUUAGGAAAGGCCAUGAGGCCGAAUUUCUGCCAACCCUGGACCAACCAGUCUCUUAGAAGCCACUCAAGGGCAUUACACUUGCUCCGAGGUGGGUGGGUCUCUGCCCACCUCAAGUACCCAGUCUUGGGAUCAGAGAUAAUGGCAUCCUCUUGUCCCUCACAAACAAAACUCACGUGGCUUCUCACUCCCAAGUCCCUACUCCAUGCCCCACUCGUGACUUCUGAGGGUCUGGAUGGCUGUCAGGAAUAUGACAAGGUGGGAAGAUAAUGACUGUGUUUGGAGGCGUAGAGAGGCUUCCAGUAUCCUCAACACCAAGAUCCACUCAGCCCUGUACCCAGUGAUGUCCCUGGCCUAUGAAUUCUGUCCUUGACUGGCCCGUGCUCCUGGAGGAUCUCUGAGUUGUGUCAGUGACAGUUUAGUCACCACUCCCCACCCUGUGUCAAGCUUGACUCAUGGAAAGGAGAUGACAUCCUGAGUGUCCCAGAGACUCAUGGGACCUGAAGUCGCCUCUGGAGCCUCCGCUGAGGAACACGGGCAGCAGAACCCCUUCGUGCCAGCUCCAGGGCCUCUGGCUUGUGGCCCCCUCACCCUGGGAACACCACAGUCCAUCUUUCACCCACCCACUUCUCUCCAUUCCUGAGCAGGGCUAGUCCAUCCCAGAGGGCUACUGUAGGGGCAAUGUGUUCAUUAUAAAGGCACAAGGACAACACCCACGGAAAAGCAGCUUGCAGGUUCCUGAUGGUUUUCUUGGAUCUGCCCCUCUCCCCCCCGAGAGCCACAGCCAGUAGCCAACACUCAUACAGGCUCCGGCGUCUCAGCCAGAGGCCAGACUCUCUUAACUGACCUGGCCUGAGAGGCGCCUGAGCCUUACACUUCAGAGAGGCAGUGUUUAUUUAACAUGUAGACUGCAGGAGGCUGUUUUACCCUGAAGCCUCUUUGCAUCCUGGUGCCCUCCAUCGUUGACUGUCUGGGGAGAUGAGUACAGCAGGGUUUCCAGUUCAGCCCUUUUGUUCUGUUAAUGAUGAAUCAUCCAAAGACCUGGCUUUCAUGCUCCCUCGGACACGGCCCUCAAUUUACUUGCCUUGAAGAAGAAAGGCCCUGGCAUGCUUAACACAAACAGCAGAUCCACAAAUACCAGUUCACGUCACUUCAGUCCCCUCUUUGUAGCCAUGUUCAAGGUCAUUCCCCUCAGUGACAGGGUCUGCCCCCUCCCUCCCUCCCUUCCCCCUCCCUCCCUCCCUCCCUCCCUCCCUUCUCCCCUCCCUCCCAGCAUGUUUAUUCCCACAUCCAUUAUUUAUUCACUCAUCACACUGUCAUGAAGGAUUUGUGGCACCAGGCACCAAACACGAAAUGAGACAAAGUCCCUGAUCCCGGGAGCUCCCACUCUCUGGGGAACCACAGACCCCUAAUGUUGAAGUCAGAAUGGCAAGGGUGCCAGCAAGGGUUUCUGAACACUAAAUCCAAUUGGCUUUCACAGGGAAAGGAUGUUUGAGCAGAAUUCUCCAGAAUGAAUAGGAGUUAGUCAAGCAGAAAAGGCAAGGAAGAGUGAAGAAAGCAAAAAGCAUGUGCAGCAGCCACAUCUGUGCAUGUGCAGCAGCCACACCUGUGCAUGUGCAGGAGCCACACCUGUGCAUGUGCAGAAGCACACCUGUGCAUGUGCAGAAGCACACCUGUGCAUGUGCAGCAGCCACACCUGUGCAUGUGCAGGAGCCACACCUGUGCAUGUGCAGAAGCACACCUGUGCAUGUGCAGAAGCACACCUGUGCAUGUGCAGCAGCCACACCUGUGCAUGUGCAGGAGCCACACCUGUGCAUGUGCAGAAGCACACCUGUGCAUGUGCAGAAGCACACCUGUGCAUGUGCAGAAGCACACCUGUGCAUGUGCAGCAGCCACAUCUGUGCAUGUGCAGCAGCCACACCUGUGCAUGUGCAGAAGCACACCUGUGCAUGUGCAGGAGCCACACCUGUGCAUGUGCAGGAGCCACACCUGUGCAUAGUCUCAGCCCUUUCCCCGGGAGCCAGACCUCACCCAGAAAUCCCAAGGUUCAAGAUCUUCUUUAACAAACCAGAAAACGCAGGCCAAACCCUAAUCCAUCGUGUCGGUUUAGGCAUGCUGCCUCCUGGAAACCACAGUGUUAUGUGCAGAUACUUCAGCAGGUCCUUGUUCCAAGACAGAAGCAGAAGUUGUCCUCUUUAGUGAAGGGAGCAGCUGAUAUUUCAUUUUCUUGCCACAGGGCAUGUUGACAGAAGAACAAGUGUCUCUGUAGAAAGUCAUCUCCAAAUUCACCCCUUGCCCGAAGUUCUUCCCAUUUUAAACAAACAAAGAAAAUUUAAGGUGUGUAUCCAAAAGUUCUUGACUUGGGUACAGUGCAUUCCUGAGAUGCCCUCUUUGGGAGUACGGGAGGCUAGCUGGAAGAAUUCCAAGGAAAAGAAUUUUCCACAAAAUUCAAGAUUGUAGAAACUUAGAGAAGGUUGAUGAAAACACAGGAAGCCUAGUGGGCAGGCUUCUGCCUAGGGCAGAACCCACAAAUCAGGGCAUCUGUUCGGAAGGUCUGGAUGAACACCCAUCAUGCAUUAGUGCAGUAGAGUUUAGUAACCAGCUUUAGCCAAUCUUGCCAGUUGUGCAGAAAACGAGGCCCAGUACUAGCAAGUCUUAGCAUAUGCUCCCUUUUUAUUAUAAAUGGGUGGUUUUUUUUAUAAUUUUUACUGAUGCUCAGUAACCAUGCAAAACUGUGCACAUCCAUGUACUAAUAGAUCUGUCCCUAUCUCUGUAUGCAUAUAUAUCAGCUCACUGUAGAAACCCACAGCUUCCGAGCAUCGCAGACUCAUGCAAACCAAGUGAUCUUGUUUACAGUAACCGUCAACAGUGCCAAUAAGUGGUUGAGGACACUAACAAUGUCACAGUGUAACUGGUGACCACAUGCAGUCCCAUGAAUUAAAUGUUUCCUGUGUUAAUCAGUAUUCUUAAAUUAAAAGAAAACGUUUAUAAUGGA